AAAAAUUGAAAUGUUAAUAUUAACGUUGCUAGCGGCAACAGCAGCAGCAUUAACCUUGACCGGUCCGGUUAGUGCAAAUGACCUGGAAAGCUUCUGCAAUGGAGUGAUAGCGGGAAUAUUUCCCCAUCCGGAUCCUCAAUUGUGCUACAUGUACGUGUCCUGUGCCUUCGAAGAAUCUUUCCUAUACCAGUGCAAUCAAGGAUUUGUGUUCGACGUAACCAUUUCGGAAUGCGUUCCCGGUAACUGGGAAGACUGUGAUCGAGGGAUUGAUCCGGAACUGGAGCAACUGUGCGCUGGAGUAUCGUAUGGAGUGUUCGAAUAUGAAGGGAAUUGCGGAAAGUUUGUAUUUUGCGAACGAGGCAGACCAUCGGUGAUUGAGUGUUUAGAAAAGGAGAUUUGGUUCCAGCAGGACGGGGCAUGUGUGUUCGGAAACAGAGAUACGUGUGAACCAGGAGAUGCAUUAUGCAUGGGACGGCCGGACGGGGCCGUUCCUCAUCCGGACGGAUGUGACAUGUUUAUAGAAUGUGUUGGAGAGCGAAGUACCGUGGUGCAGUGUGAUAGGGGAAUGAUCUUUGAAGAAGGCGGAACUGGUUGUGUGAUAGGAAGUUUGGAGACAUGUCAGUCAGUGGAGGAUGUGUGCGUUGAACAUGCUAAUAUGGUGCAUCCACAUCCGGAGUUGUGUGAUAUGUUUAUAACAUGUGAAGGAAGCACGGCAUCACUGGAGACCUGCCAGGCAAACGAAGUAUUCAGGCCGGAUAUCCAGUUCUGUGUUCCAGGAAAUCCGAUUACGUGCGUGCCUAGUAGGCCGGAAGUCGCUUGCAUUGGUAGACCGGACGGAAUCGUUCCACAUCCUGAUGAGUGUAAUCAAUUUAUUGUGUGCACUGGGGGAAGUUCAUUGGAACAAAAUUGCCCUAUAGGACAGAUUUUACGACCGGAAGUUCCAGUUUGCGUAACAGGAAACUCGGAUACUUGCGAGUUCUUAGAUGAAAGCUGUGUUGGACGUCCGGACAGAUAUGUUUUGCAGCAUCCAAACUAUUGUGGAAUGUUCAUAUUCUGCAUGGGUGGCCAGGCAUUGGCACUGCCUUGUCCUGGAGGCGAAAUUCUGCGACCCGAUAUGCAGUUUUGCGUUCCUGGUGAUUUGGAUACUUGUGAAGCGACUGAAAUCGAACAGAUGUGUGAAGGACGUCCUGAUGUGAUCUAUCCACAUCCAGACCGCUGUGAUCAGUACAUACGUUGCAAUCAAGGAAAUCUGAAUAUCAAUCAAUGCGCUCCGUAUAUGAUUGUUCAACCCGGCACAAUAUCCUGCGUUCCAGGAAACACGGAAACUUGUGAGCUAUACGUUGACCUUUGCCGGAGUCGACCAGAUGGAAUCAUUCCUCACCCAUCCAGAUGUCAUCUGUACAUAGAUUGUCGAUCAGAACAAGUGAACAUUAUCCAAUGCCCAGAGGGUCACAUAUUCGAUUCUUCAGAGUCCCGCUGCGUUCCAGGUAAUACGGAGACGUGCGAUCAUUUGGAUGAAUACUGUGUUGAUCGACCAGAUGGAGUGAUCUCUCAUCCCAAUCGAUGUGAUCUGUUCAUGAUGUGUAGUGCUGGAGUGACGUCAGUACACUCGUGCCCAUGGGGAGAAAUUCUUCGAGAGGAUAUGCAAUUUUGCGUUCCCGGAGAUAGAGAUACGUGCCAAUUUGCGCCAAUUGAUAGAAUGUGCGACGAUCGAGAAGGACCUUUGACCUAUCCUCAUCCAGAUGAUUGCACGCUUAUGGUAAAAUGCAACCAAGGUCAAGUAUCCAUUGAGCCUUGUCAAGAAGGAACCGUGCUGCAACCGGGCAUUAUGCAAUGUGUGGCAGGAAACGCCGAUACCUGUGAGCUAUACAUAGAUCGAUGUGUGGAUGCUGUACAAGAUGUGAUUCCUCAUCCUUCCCAGUGUCACUUGUUUAUGCAAUGCAUUGCCGGUCAGACUUUAGUUGGCUCCUGUACACGCGGUAUGGUUUUCAUAAACGGACAGUGCGUUAUAGGAGAUCGAGUCGCUUGCGAGUCUUGGCAACAGAUUUGCGGAAAUAUGGGCGACCAGAUAAUUAAGCAUCCCAAUUUCUGUGAUCUGUACAUUGAAUGUCGCUGGGGUACAACCAGCAUGCGGCCGUGUAAUUCGGGGCUAAUAUUGCACCCGAAUAUGCAAGUGUGCACCCCAGGAAAUCCAAAUACUUGCGAGUUCAAUCCCGAAGAGGAGAUGUGCGUCGGUCGAUCUCAGGAUCGCUUCCCUCCUCCCGAUCAAGAGCAGUGUGCCAAUUAUGUCACUUGCAGCAACGGAAUUGGCACGACAGGAACUUGUGGAGAUGGCACAGUUCUGAGACCACGUUUCAUUGAUUGCGUCCCCGGUAAUGAGCUCACUUGUGAGGCCUUCCCGCAUAUCUGUCUCUUCCGACCGAACGAAUACAUACCGCAUCCAACCAGAUGCGAUUUGUUUGUGUCGUGUAUUUCCGAGAUUCCGCAUGUCUUACCCUGCCAGCGUGGUGAAAUAUUCGACCUGGAUAGAGGUUUGUGCGUGCCUGGCAAUGCUGAAUCCUGUAUAUCAUACGAAGGAGUUUGCGCUGGGCGCGAUGAUACGAUCCUGGAACAUCCACACCAUUGCGAUUUGUUCAUCGUUUGCACGUCUGGAAAUGCUACCGUUCAUCCUUGCCCUCCGGGCGAAAUUCUUGUUCCGGAGCUCCAGUUUUGCUUUCCAGGAAACGUAGAAACCUGUGAGUUACACCCGGCUCAGGAUAUGUGCUUUGGCAGUUCUGAGGAAAUCUUCCCGCAUCCGGAGAACUGUAAUCAGUUCAUAAAAUGCGUUGGACAAAGUUCUACGAUCAGCACCUGUCCGGAUGGAAAAAUUUACCUACCUUCUACAGGAAGUUGCGUUGCUGGGAAUGCCCAAAAUUGUGAGUUUUACAACGAAAGAUGUAGGCAUCAUGAGAAUGGAGUUAUAGAAUUUCCUACACGCUGCGACCUGUUCCUGCUUUGCAGCUCCGGAUUGACCACAGUCCAUCCCUGCCCGGAAGGAGAAAUUCUCAACGCAGACAUCCAAUUUUGCAUGCCCGGGGAUCGCAACACUUGCACCUUCUACGAUGUAUCAACUACUACUACGGAACCACCGCUAAUGUUGAUCUGCGAAAAUAUCCCCGAUGGUAGUUAUUCCCAUCCAUUCCUCUGUCACCUCUACAUCGAGUGCAUCAGAGGACAAGUGGAGGUCCAGUCCUGUCCAUCGGGUAAUAUCUGGAUUCCGGACCAAAGCAGAUGUGCUCCAGGAGAUUGGGCAACCUGCACACCGGACGUACCUCCAGAAGAGAUAACCAAUGAUAUCUGUGUGCGGACUGGGAUCUACGUUAUACCCCACCCAUUCGUGUGCUACAAGUACGUCCAGUGCGUGCUCCGAGUAGCUUUUGUAGAAGACUGUCCUCGAUGGCAUGUGUUCAGUGCUAUAUUGAAUCGGUGCAUUCCUGGCGAUCGGGACAACUGUUGAG